GGAAAUCCUUCCAUUUCCAACCUUCUUAGUCUCAAGUACUCCUCACAGCACUUCGCCCUCACGAAGCCUUACAAUGACCAGGGGGACAUGUGCUUCUUUGACAUCUUCAAAUACCUCAAGCAGAACGACAUUACUAUCUUCAUAUACAACAUACAACUUCUGGUCAACCGAGAAUUUUACGACAUCAACAUCUCCAAGCACAACCUGGACAUUGAGUUAAGCCCCCUUGGCAGAUCUUCAAGAGGAUUGUCUACCUUGACAAAGAUGUUCAGCACCGAAAAAGAACAUCUUCUGUGCACAAGUCUUCUCACCAUGUGUCCGGUCAUCGUCUCAAAAAGGAAAAAAGCUGAGUUUUCAGAAGAACUGAAAUCCAUCUAUCCAGAAAAUCCAAAAUUACAAGCCUACGAGAUCCAGUUCUUUACAAGAUUUGAUCAGGCCUUUCAUCUCCGAAGCACAGUUCCGUACAACCAAAUUGACUUUAACUAUCACAUCGGAUUCUAUUAUUACGUUGACCACGUGAUGAACGCGAUUUUUACCGCCUUGAAA